AAUUCAGUUUUAAUCUUUUAAAAACAGCAGUAAUAUUGUCCUAAAGAGGGUGCACUUGAUUUUCAUUUUACUUUCAAUAUGACGGCUGUCAAUGUUACCCUGGUUCGUGAUACCAAGUGGCUGACGUUAGAAGUCUGUAGAGAAUAUCAGAGAGGAACGUGCUCUCGAGCAGAUGCAGAUUGCAAGUUUGCCCAUCCGCCCAGAGAGUGCCAUGUGGAAAAUGGUCGUGUGGUGGCUUGUUUUGAUUCUUUAAAGGGUCGGUGUGCUAGAGAGAACUGCAAGUACCUUCACCCUCCUUCACACUUAAAAACACAGCUGGAAAUUAAUGGACGUAACAAUCUGAUUCAACAAAAGACUGCCGCAGCCAUGUUCGCCCAGCAGAUGCAGUUUAUGUUCCAAAAUGCUCAAAUGCCAUCACUUCCUCCUUUUCCGGUGAAUGCACCACUUGCAGCGAACCCUGCCAUGACUUUCAACCCUUACUUACCUCAUCCUGGAAUGGGCCUGGUUCCUGCCGAACUCUUACCAAAUGCACCGGUUCUAAUUCCGGGAAACCCACCUCUCCAGGUGCCCGGAGCUGCUGGUCCAAAACUGAUGCGCUCAGAUAAACUGGAGGUUUGCCGAGAAUUUCAGCGUGGAAAUUGUACCCGUGGGGAGAACGACUGCCGCUAUGCUCAUCCCACAGAUAGUUCCAUGAUUGAAGCAAGUGAUAACACUGUGACCAUCUGCAUGGAUUACAUCAAAGGUCGAUGCUCUCGGGAGAAAUGCAAGUACUUUCAUCCUCCUGCCCACUUGCAAGCCAAACUCAAGGCAGCGCAUCACCAGAUGAACCACUCAACUGCUGCGGCCAUGGCUCUGGCUAACCUGCAGCUCCCGCAGCCGACCUUCAUCCCUGCAGGGCCAAUACUGUGCAUGGCACCCACUCCAAGUAUUGUGCCCAUGAUGCACGGUGCUACACCUACCACUGUGUCUGCAGCGACAACACCUGCCACCAGCGUUCCAUUCGCUGCAACGGCUACAGGCAAUCAGAUACCCCAAUUAUCAAUAGAUGAACUGAAUAGCAGCAUGUUUGUUUCACAGAUGUAGAAGUUACCAGUAGAACAUUGAAAUUCUGAACAACAGAAGUAUGGAAUAUCAGAGUCUCUCCGUGAGGACCUCCAUUCGGCCUUUCUAUAUAUAUUCUCAAUCUCGUAUGUCCUCUUCUGCCAACACGAUCAUAAGUGUGGUGCACUCAACCUAUUAAGCAACACAAACAUUAACAACCAACUAAUUCAAAUAAAAAUAAAGCGUUACACAAUGAAGAUGUUAAAACGUAAAUAGAAAACUAAUAACUACCAUCUCUCUUAUUUGAAUUACUAAGUAGAACAUGAUCAUAAAAAUGUGUGAUUUGUUACAUUAUUCUUUGUGAUUUUCCAGUAACCAUUAUGCCGAGUGGAUCUCCACAGUGGGCUAUUGGUUUACUGAGCAUUCUUGGUGGAUAAAUGUUUGUCUUUUUUGAAGUGUUACCUUACUGCUUUGUUUACACAGUAGUCUGUUGGGUUGAUUUAGAAUGUAACACAUAUAUCUGAUACCAUUU